UAUAUUUGGUCUUUCUCGGUAAUACAAGUCUCAUUAUUUAGCCUCUCAGUGCACCAGGAAACCGAACAAACAGACCGAGUGACCUUUGUCAAACACCUCUUCCCCUCUCAGGAUCAUUGCGGCCCUUGACCAUCAAAUGGCACCAGCUCAGCUCGGAGAGUGCUUGUGGACUUUACUGAGUCUGUGGAAUAGAGUUUGGAAAAGAGGACACGCUCAGGGUGGAAUUGAGAGGCAUAUUAAAACAGCAGGAUUGGGAUCAUGGACUGCUGCCAAAGAGGAUCUCACUUCAUGGAUCUGACCGGAUUUUCAAAUUGAAUUUGGUGAUCCACGCGACCCAGACUGGACUGCCCACCUUUUUAAUAAACAGGAGGCUUUAAUCUCUGGAUGUCUGAUCAUGUGAAACACUUUCUACAGUAUAACGUCUCUUUUGAACACUAUGGAUAUGCAAAGGUCAUUUCUGAGCCCUUCAGUGUUUGAUUUGGUCAAUGAUGUGGACUUCAUGGAGAUGAUGCCGGAUAAAUCUGCACUGGCAUCCAAGGAGACUCACGGCACCGAUGGUAAUGGAUUGUACCAGGAUUUGACUUCCAUCUCAACAGCUCGAACAGAUGACUUUUACGCGCUGUCGCCGAGCACCGGCUCUCCAGAAAGCGCCGGUAACGGGAAACCCAAGCGCAAACGGGUGAUCAGCACCGUGCAGCGCCAGGCCGCGAACAUCCGCGAGCGCAAACGGAUGUUCAGCCUGAACGAGGCGUUUGACCGGCUGCGCAGGAGGGUUCCCACGUUCGCCUACGAGAAGAGACUGUCCCGGAUAGAGACUUUGCGGCUCGCCAUCGUCUAUAUAGCCUUCAUGACGGACAUACUCGAGAACAGCUGAGCUCAGAUUGAGUUUUUCAAUUGCAUUUAUUAAUACACUGUAAAAGCGAUGGUACUUUACUUUAGUGAGUACACACUUUGCCCUAAAAGCAAC